AUGGUCAAGGUGGACCUGCACGUCGAGCUCGGCAAGCUGCACGUCUCGCUCGUCAACGCGACGCCCGCAGAGCUGCUGCAGCUGUGCGUGUACGGGCUAUGCUGCGACUUUCGGCGCGACCUCGCAAACGCGCUGCAGCCCGUGCUCGAGCUCUCGCUCAGCGCGAGGCGCGCGCCGCCCGACGGCCAGCCCGCCGCACGCCCCUCCUGCGUGGACUACUUCCAGAAGCUGGAGCUCAAGCUGGCGCCGCUCUCCCUGAUGGUGGAGGAGUCGCUCGUGCUCGAGCUGCACCGCUUCGUCGCGCCGCUGCUCGGCCUGCCCGCCCUCGCCGACCCGGCGGAGGGGGAGGCAACCUCGCGGGAGGGGUGGGAGUGGCGGCUGCCGCCCUCGUGUGGCUUGGACGCAGGCCAGCUCAUCGCCGUCGCCCUCACCCUCUUCGGCAACAUCGACGCGAUGCCGAUUCGGCUCAAGUCGCACCUCUCCGACUGGUCCGACUUCACCGAGCGGCUAGCGUCCCACUACGUGCUGGUCGCCUCGCCGCACGUGCUCGUGCUGCUCGCGUCGCUGAACAUCACGGGCGGCGUGCCAGGCCUCUCGGGCCCUCGCCUCCUCGCGGCCCUCGUCGGCGCGCUCGCCGAGCCGCUCCGGCUGGGCGGCGCCCUCGCGCUGGGCGGGUCGGAGGAGCUCGCCGCCUUGAGCGCGUCGCUCGAGCGAAGUAAGCGUGCCGGCCGGCGGCGCGGGGAGGUCCCGAUCGGGGUCGUCGACGGCGCGUCGGAGGGGGUCGCGAUGCUCCUCGACGGCAUCGUCGGCCUCGGCGGCGUCAUCUCGAAGCCGUACCGCGGCGCGCUCAAGCACGGUCCGCGCGGCUUCGCGAAGGGGCUGGUGCAGGGCGCGCUCUGCGUGCUGCGGCCGCCGAUCGGCGUCCUCGACCUGCUCACAACCCUAGAAGCAGAAUACGGGCUCACAAAGACGGUCGAGGGGCUGAUCCACUCGCCCUUCCUUGGCGCGCAGCACCCCAUCGAGUACCGCGACGGGAUGCGGCUCGAGCAGCGCGUGGCGCUCUCGCCGCGCCGCGUGCGCGUCGACCAGUGGUUCGAUGGCUGCCUCGAGCCGCUCGAGCUGCUCUUCGAGGUGCCGCUCGAGCGGAUGGCGCGCGUCGACCUGCAGGAGCCGUUCACGCACAUCAUCCUCUGGACGUGGACCGAGGUGCGCGUGCUGCGCCGCGCCGGCCUCAACGCGAUCCCGAACAUGGUGCUCGAGCGCCACAUCAAGGGGUCGCGCCCCUCGCAGCUGCGCGCCGCAAAGGAGCACUUGCUGCUACUCGCCAACCAGGAGGAGGUGCCCGCCGCCGUCGCCGAGCAGAUGGCGCCGCUGCGGUUCUUCUUGAUGUACACGGCGGUGCAGCCCCUGGCAAUUAGCGGGCAGCUCAAGGCAUCGACGCUCUCGCCGAAGCCCCUAGACAACACCAACAACCUCUUUCACUCAUUCUUAAAACAGUACCGGCCGGGAUUUCGAAGAUAG